AUGGCUGAUCCAAGCGAAUCAACAACUCAUGGCCUUUACCUCACCGGUAACUUUGAAAUUGAAAAAAAAACCUCACCAGAAAACGGCUGGAGAUCAGAAUAUCGCACUUACACGACCUGCAUCAGCGCCGGUGGUGCACACCGUAAGAAUCCCGCAUCCAAGGUGUCCCCUACUACUGGGAGUAAAGAGUACGACGUGGGAGCCACCUCUAAUGAAGCCAAAGGUGGAGAUGUGAAACCAAAUGUAACAAGCAAGAAGCCGGCGAAAUUCAUUCCGAGAUCCUUGCACACAGCAUUCAAGUCGCCUGUUCUCAGUACCGAUUCUGAGUCCCCGACUAGCCUCCAAUUUGGCCCAUCCGACUUCACACCCUCGUCAUUUUCGCCUGCUUCUUCACGUCCUACCGCUGGCCCCUCCAACAGUUCUUCUGAUUCUGCGACAACUCCUGGAAUCCCGACUUUACCCAGCAAGAGAAAAGGUCGAGCUCAACCCAAGCGUAACCCUAAGAAGAGAAUUUGCUUCAAAACAAAGAGUGAAGAGAAUUCUCAAUCACGCUUUGAUUUGCACAUUUAUCCAAACUUAAUUGAUCCAGCCUUGUGA